GAUGUAAACGUAUGUCAGUAUGUCAGUUUUGCACGGAGGGUUCUUCUUAAACAUGUUCCUGUAUUUCCGCAAUCACCCUGAGAGCAGAGCCCGCCCCGUGACUAGCCCACACUUCCUAAAUCAAAACCUCACAGCUCGCGACAAAAGCCACGAAAAGUGAGUCCGUGGGGGCUGUCACCUGCGUGGAUGGGGAGAGCAGCGUGUCACAGGAAUGCUGUUGUCACACGCACGUAGGCGCCUGUUUGUUGUUGUCAGACGAGUUGGGUUUUACCGAAGAGAGCGACGGUUAUGUUGACACCGGAUAGCACGGGGUAAAACAAAAGUCGUGCUACUUACGACAGCGAACAGCGGACGACACACGGGAACACACACGGGAGUGUUCGACACACCACGGCAGUAUGUCGGCAAUGAUGACAGCCAGCACAACAAACUACCUGUGGUCUCUGCAGGAUAUCCUCGGUCAAGGGGCUACAGCCAGUGUAUACAAAGCACGCAACAAGAGGUUAGGGGAGCUCGUAGCUGUCAAGGUGUUUAACUUGAUGAGCUACAACCGCCCUCAUGACGUCCAGAUGAGAGAGUUUGAGAUGCUGAGGAAGCUCAACCACAGUAACAUUGUAAAGCUGCACACUGUGGAAGAGCUGCCGUCGAAGCAGAAGGUGCUGGUGAUGGAGUAUUGUUCAGGAGGAAGUUUGCUGAGUCUGCUCGAGGAACCAGAAAAUGCCUUUGGCCUGCCUGAAACGGAGUUCCUCACUGUAUUGCAGUGUGUCGUGCAGGGGAUGAACCACUUGCGUGAGAACGGCGUGGUUCACAGAGACAUAAAGCCAGGCAACAUCAUGCGGCAGGUCGGGGAGGACGGCAAGUCCGUUUAUAAACUGACGGACUUUGGAGCAGCAAGAGAGCUGGAGGAUGAUGAGAAGUUUGUGUCCAUCUACGGAACUGAAGAGUAUCUGCAUCCAGACAUGUAUGAACGUGCCGUGUUGCGUAAGUCUCACCAGAAAUCCUACGGAGUGAGUGUUGACUUGUGGAGUAUUGGUGUGACAUUUUAUCACGCUGCCACUGGGAGUCUCCCCUUUACACCAUUUGAAGGACCUCGAAGGAACAAGCCAACCAUGUAUAAAAUAACUACUGAGAAACCUAUGGGUGCAAUAGCUGGAAUACAGCGGGUGGAGGGUGGACCUAUCGAGUGGAGCUACCACCUUCCUCACAGCUGCCAACUGUCUCAAGGUCUGAGGGUGCUGCUGGUUCCAGUGUUAGCAGGUAUACUGGACGCUGACCAGGACAGGUGUUGGGGCUUUGACCAAUUCUUCACUGCCACCACAGACAUACUGCAGCGGCAGCCACUUCACCUCUUUGCGCUGCAGCAGGCCAUGGUGCACUUUAUCUACAUACACCACUACAACACUGUGUCGGCCUUCUUUGAGGAGGUGGCAUCUCAGACUGGUAUAGAGGUUCAGCAGCAACAUCUGCUGUACCUGGGACAUGAACUUCCCCUGGAGGGCAACAUGAAGGUCGUCAACCUCCCACGUACCUCACCCACCCGGCCCCUGCUACUGCUCAGCUACAGGCCUGAAGCAAACAUCAGUCUGCCCUUCAGAGAACCAGACACUCCCGUCAUCCCAUCCAGGUUUGACGUCAUGGCAGACUACAAUUUUUCCAAGGUAAUAGUAGGAGUGGUCCACCAGUAUCUAAGGAUAGUUGGGUUGCUACACACUCACCGUGAACUGCUACUGCACGGAUACUACAGCUACAUGAUGACGUUGCGCAAAGAGUGUGGAGAAGCCAUUCACAGUAUUGCCAUGAUCACCAUUAGACUCCAGUCCUGCCUCAGCCUACAACACAGAAAUCACACAUUUAGCUACUGUUCUUCAGAAAACCAAGGCCCUGCUGAUCACAGUCAAAAGCUGCAGCUGGUCCAUGAGCACCUGCCUGUAUACACUGCAGGCAUCCAAGAGUUUCAGAGCAGACUGGACCAGCUGCAGAUAGAACAGGCUAAGCUAGCAGAGGCCCUGGCCAAUGACAAGAGCUGUCAAAAGAUUGAAAUGCUGCUGCAGAAGAUAACAACAAUUCAUCAGCAUUACCGCAAAGACAGAAUCACUGGAAAGCUGUCGUAUAAUGAUGAACAAAUACACAAGUUUGAGAAAAUCCACCUGUCGUCCCACAUUAAGCGAGUGAAAUCUCUCUUGAGGGAGGAGUGUGUGCAGAGGUACAAAGAACUUUUGGCCUCAACGAGGACGUGGAGCAGUGUUUUACUCGAGAUGCAGACGCGGCUGCAUGACUUCAGCUCUUUCUCAACAGGCCUGUUGGCAGACCUGGUCAUGAGUGAGCAGUGUCAGAAUAAGGCUCUGGACAAAAUCCUUUUCGCUCUGCAGUCCAAAAGAGCAGAUCAGCAGCCUGGAAUCACACCCAGGGACAAGGACCAGAUGGUCUCCAGGAUGCACCACCUGAAGGACGAAAUGGAGAUUCUGGUGAGAGAGCUGGAGUGCAACAACACCAUUAUAGAGAGUUUAGGGACAGUGAACUCGGCAGCAGAGCCGGAGCCAAACUCGGCCAGACCGACAACACUUUGACCAAAGUGCAGCGUCUUUCCAUGUAAACUUACAAAUGCACCCCCACCUCUGAUGAACUCCUUGUCCACCGGCUCUACUCGAGUAGAGCUGGUGGAAAUACGUCAAAAGUACAGUAGUGUACUACUGGAUUUCUGUCUGCAGUUUAUGUUACAUGCAGAGAAUGCAACGGAAGUCAAUCAAUAAUGUGAAUCGCAAUUUUAAGAUAAGAGGCUAGAGGGAGGAAAUGUUAAUGAUGGAUUUGUAAGUGUAUGUAUGUAUGUGUGUGUGUGUGUGUGAGUGGUUGGCGACUGAGUACAGCCGCUCAAUACAAACCUCAUUAAUGCUUUUAGUGUUAUUAUGUUUCUAAUAGGCUGCAACAGUGAUGGACUGUCAGGAUAAAGAAAAAUAAAUGCCAAGUAAACAGCCACAUUAGUUCAGUAAAGCUGUUUCUUUGUCCCAGAGAAGUUCUUCUGUGGAAUCACAGGGUAAACCUUUAAUGGAACAUAUAACCAAAUGCUUUGUCUUAGUCUGUGGGUGUUUGUGUUUACUGUGUGUGUGUGUGUGUGUGUGUGUGUUAAAUGGAAGUACUUGAGUCAUCUGCUGUUGUUUUUUUUGUUUUUUCUUAUGACUUUCUUUCUAUACAGUAUAUCUUAAAAAUAGAAUAAAAAAAUAGAUGAAAUCAGGGCAACAGCACUCAGCAGUGUCUCCUUAUAACAGAAGUAAGUCCGUCUCAGUGUAAAAAUCACACAAUGGUUGACUAGUUGGGGAAGUCCCACGUUUUUUUGCUGCUUCAUUUUUGUCGAGCAGUAAUAUUUCAGGGUGAAAACUACGACACUAUGCAACAGCUACUCUCCCCGAGGUCCACAUUCGUCAUAGAAGAAACGACACAAAGACAAAUCCACCAAACUAGAUAACGAUACAAUGAUCAAAUGAAAGAAAAUGACAGAAUCGUAUAUAGAACAGGCACACUGACAUGAAAGCCUGCGGUCAUUAGCAAAGCUGAGAGGCUGCUCUCUCUGAAUGACAUUGCAACAUUUCGGUGCCUCAGUAGAGGAGAGAGAACAAUAAAAAAAAAACACUUCCCAGUGUGUAGAGUUCACCACACACUUUAAAUCCGCGGAGAAUGAGUGGUAUUUCACACAACUUGACAGACUGGAAUAUACUGUAUCUGUCACUUAAAAUGCUAUGUGCUUUUCACGUGUGUAGAAACAGUCAGAGACUUUAUUCCAGACCUGCAAUAUCCCGACGUCUUCCAACUUUCUCUCGCUGCCGAUGUGCUGUUGUUUGUGACAACACAACCUACUGUUUCAUGCGCCCGGUAUUACUUGAUAUACGUAAAGGCCUGUACAAAGAAAUGUGUUCUCUCUCCCAGGGCUGCAAGUCUGGGAGUUGUUGGAGUUUGUUCUUGACACAUCAUCUGGGUCGAAGUGUUUUCUUGCGUGGUGUCUGACAACUAUUGUGUGAUUGGCCAGAAAUUUGAAGUGUGCAUGUUUCACACAUACAUUUUGUCAUUCCUUAUGAGGACUUGUGAAGUAUGAAAUAUACUGGCCUCCAGAACUAA